CCCUCCCACUCCACACACACCCUGUUUGCCCGUGAGCCUGGGGAACUUGCAGCUUAAAGCCAGCCACCCCCACGGCAACAUGUACCCCAGCAACAAGAAGAAAAAGGUGUGGAGAGAGGAGAAAGAACGUUUACUGAAGAUGACCUUAGAGGAGAGACGCAAAGAAUACAUAAGGGACUAUGUUCCUCUGAACACCAUCCUAUCAUGGAAGGAGGAGGUGAAAGGCAAGAGCCAAAAUGAUGAAGAAAGUUCUCAGGAAACAUCACAGGUGAAGAAAAGUUUGAGUGAAAAAGUUUCUCUCUAUAGAGGUGACAUCACACUGCUAGAAGUAGAUGCUAUAGUCAAUGCGGCAAAUGCCAGUCUUCUUGGAGGAGGAGGUGUGGAUGGCUGUAUUCACAGAGCAGCUGGCCCCUGUUUGCUGGCUGAAUGCCGGAACCUGAAUGGUUGUGAUACUGGGCAUGCAAAAAUCACAUGUGGCUAUGACCUGCCUGCAAAAUAUGUCAUCCAUACUGUAGGGCCAAUAGCCAGAGGCCAUAUAAAUGGUUCCCACAAGGAAGACCUUGCGAAUUGCUAUAAAUCAUCUCUGAAGCUGGUAAAGGAAAAUAACAUCCGAUCAGUUGCAUUUCCUUGCAUCUCAACUGGCAUUUAUGGUUUCCCAAAUGAACCUGCUGCAAUCAUUGCCCUCAGCACCAUUAAGGAGUGGCUGGCCAAGAAUCAUCACGAGGUGGACCGGAUCAUCUUCUGUGUCUUCUUAGAAGUUGACUUCAAAAUCUACAAAAAGAAAAUGAGCGAGUUUUUCCCUGUAGAUGAUAAUGAAGAAGAGGACGUGGACAUGAAAGAAGACUCAGAUGAGAAUGGUCCAGAGGAAAAACAAAGUACAGAAGAAAUGGAAGGACAGAGUCAAGAAGCAGAUGCUGUCAGCAAUACUACUGUGCCCAGUCCUGCUUCAGAAGAGACAGCUGAAAUCUGUAAAGAUGAAGAUUCUCCAAAGGAUGAUGAUAUUACAAAAGACAAUGAAGUAACAGAUCAUUCCGUAUGUGACCACGAUCCUUCCAAUGGACAAGAGAAUGAUUCAACAAAAAAUGAAAUAAAGAUUGAAGCAGAGUCCCAGAGCUCAUAUAUGGAAACAGAAGAAAUUUCAUCAAACCAAGAAGAUGCCAUAACUAUGGAGCAACCAGAAGUGACUCCAUGUACAGAUGAACAAGAAACAACAGAUGCUGAAAAAGCUGAAGGAGAGGUCACAUCUAAAGUUCCUGUGAAAAGUGAAGGCUCUGGCGACACAGAAAUCUCUACAAGUCCUGACAUUGAAAUGAAUAGUCAGGUUGACAGCGUAAAUGACCCAACAGAGAAUCAGCAAGAAGAUUAACUACUAGCAGGGGCACAAGAUGAAGCAAAGGAACAAAGAAAUGGAAGUAAAUACCAGUCCUCAGCAUGGCAGGCCUCCCAGGGGGAGCUGGGAGACAGCAGAACUGCUGUGGAGGAGGGUGGGGGUGGGGGGAAGACAUAUCCCACAGAAGGACAGGGAAUCCUUUGCUCUAAUUUCUCCAACUGCAUUUUGUUCUUUUUAUCAAAGAAAAAAAAAAGAAAAAGAAUUUUCCUUUAAUUUGGUUGGGCACCCAUGUUAAUGCAUCUUUCAGGUGUUAUCCCUGUAAUUUUUUGUCUUUGCUCUCACCAUUCUGCUGCAGGGUCACAGUGGCACAGUUGACCACUCUCUUGUGCCUCCUGAGCCCUGUCUACAUUCUCAGUUAUUUCACAGAGCAGGUUCGACAGUGAUUUCUUCAAAGAAAGAGAAGACAAUUGUUGAUAAGCUGUAGGUUAAAUUUCACGACUCACCUAGCCCACAUUAUCCACAGACAAUGUAAGCAGCAUAGAAAAUUGGCAAAACCUUCAGAAAUCACCUGAAAAAGUUAGGACAAUGAAUUGAAAGUAUUUUUUCAGGGAUGUCCCCGGUAUGAUUUUGUUCCAUGUUAGUGAGGAAUACAGAAGCAGAGUGUGGCUUUGACUAGGAAGGGGGUCUCUUUCCUCAAGCCCAGCUGACAGGUGUGGUCUUUGCCACUGACUUUCAGCAGAGCUUACUUAGUUCACGGGAUCCUUACUAUGUGCCUCAGCCUGAAGCCCACCGUGAGUUGUCACUCUGAGACAGCAUUCUAAGGGAUGAUACAUCUCUCAUUAUUUGAGUUAAGAUGGGGCUGACAUAUUUAGGAUCCAAGCAUAUGCCUAUGGCUAGUAAAUGUUCUGCUUGAAAUCCUACCCCACCCCACUAAAAGAACACCUUGAUUUUACCAAGGUUUGAUGACCCACAGAACAGAUUCUCAUUUGAAGUUCGAGGCAAUUAAAUGUCUUAUUUGAAGUCCUGGCUUCCUUGUCUUCUUUUAAAUGGCAGCUGGCUCAUGCCAAGGCCCAAGACCCUUGUAAUGGCUACUUCCCUCUCCUAGAAAACCAAUGAUUAUGGCCUUGAAGGCAGCAGCAGUACUAAUAGCCCAUGAUGCCCGAGGCACAGUGAGCCAGAGGGAAGUCAGACACUGGCACAAACGGCUGUCCCAGGGCCCCCAUAAACAACAUCCCUCACAAGGCAAGAUGCCUGCUUCCCUGUCUCCCUAGGUUGUUAACACAAGUCCAUUUCCUGCCCCCCCGUGGAAAAGAUACUCUAUCUUACCAAUAUUCCUAAUUCCAUAUUGCUUAAGAGGACUUUAGAAUUCUGUUAUGCAUAUAUUUUUUCUUAGGAGAGGGAGAAAAAUCAUUGAAUCAAAUUGUGUAGUUCUAAAAUAAAAGGACAUUUUGCUAUCUAAAUUGUCCAUAAAAUUCAUCAGUUUUGCCCUUCCCUCUGUGGAAAAUUUGCCCCCUUAUCUUCCCAUAAAUUUAUUUUGGACUUUCUCAAUGUAUUGCUUUUCUGGAUGACUUAUUUGGUGUAUUGGAAUAAUUAGUAAGUUUUCUUUCUGCAUAUGUAGUAUGUUUUAAAAAUCUCAUCUUUUAAGAAUCUCAUCAAACCUAACAGUAGCAGUAUUUAAAUGACUGCAUGGCUUUGGGACAUGACCAUUUCUCCUUCUACUGUUAUUCUACAACUUGAUAUGGUGACAUAUAUAGAUUCUCUGCUGUCAUUAGACCUUGCUUUCUAGAAAAACAAGGAAAAGGCUCAUUCUAAAUACUCCAAGAAAUGAUGCUUUAUGCAUACUGAUAAUUUCUACAUCUCCUAUCAUCUUUAUGAUUUAAUUGAAAGUCACCAUCAUUCUUGUGAAAUCCUUGACAAGUGCAAUCUGUCAGGAACAUAUUUUCCUGCAACCCCCAAGGUUAAUCUGCUCGCGCUCAGUGAUAAGUUGUUGUUGGAAAGCAACAGGAGGAAGACGCAGACUGCAGGACUCAGGUCAAAGGGCUUUCACAUGCUUCUUGGGGAAUCAGGAUUGAAAUAUCAUCAAGCCUCAUGCUCUCACUAUGGCCCAAGAACUCAUAUGUUCGUGCAUGUUAAAUGUGGUUGGGGCAGAAAUGGGGGGAGAAAAUUCUCUACCCCAAAACCAAAGGAAAGGGCAAGUCAAUGUUUAUAACCAGGAAACUGAGAACAUGAGUAGCACUUAGCAUCCAUCCCAUUCCUGAAUUUGUUUAAACUUCAUUUUAUGAUUUGAUUACAUUUUCCUUUUUGCUUUACUAUGGGUUUGAUUAAUAUUUGGCUAUGAGAUUUUAUGCUUAAAAAUAAUUGCUAAUUUUCAUUUUGAGAGUCAACUAUUAAAAAUCUAGCUGUGGGCCAGAUGGAAGAGCUCAACACAGGAAACUUACUUCACUGGCACUAUCAUUGCACAGACUGCACAAGGGAAAAUUUGAAAAGCUGCUUGAUUUUCCUGCGCGUGAAUUCUGGAUGUCAAUUUCUAACCACACUUCAAGUCAGCAGUGUGGUAUGAGGGGUUACAAGAGGGAGGGAGGAAAAUCAGCCUGAAUUAGUCAUGUUUGCAUAUAGAGAGUCGAAGGCGGCUUUCAACAUAAUAGCUCUAACUAAAAAGGUACUUGUUGUAGGCGACACAAAGAGGCUUUUCCUCUACUUGAUAACUAUUCAGAUGAUGGACAAAUCUUCUUUCAUAAAAACUUACAAAGGAGGCAUCCGAAACACUGUCUGUGAUACUGGGUCACAUAUUUGUCACUGCAGCUAAUUGUAAAUCUUUCUAUGAAACACUGAAAAGCCUCUUUGUGAAUUAAUACAGUUCUGCUUAAUGCACUUGAUUUGAAAUGACAUUUCUCUGUAUGUGGUGCAUGUCGGCUUUGCUUUGAAAAAUAACAACGUUAGCAGAAUAUGUUCAAUAUAUUUUCUCGGGAAAUAAGGUUUUUAUCAUAUGAUUCAUUAAGGAUUUGCCUUACCCUGACAUUUGUGAUAUAAAGGAAAAGCAGAAAAAAGAAUUUUCUUGACCAAGAUACAUUUUUACUUAAUGCAAAUAAAUGUAGUCUGUUGCUUGCAAGGGAAAAAUGUCUUCUGAUAACUGGUAUAAACUGCUAAAUAGAAUAAUACGUGCCUCUUUUGUUAAACCAGCAUUUAAAUGCUGGACUGCUUCUAAAUCUGUUUGUUUCUUUUCAUCUGUGCCAUACACGAAGAAACUUAUACAACUGUUGCCUUCAUACUAUAUUUGUUAGAGCAGAAUACAAAUAAAAACUGUUUG